GCGCCGGCCGGGCUGGCGCUGGAGGAUCACUCGCUGGAGCAGGUGCAGUCCAUGGUGCUGGGCGAGGUGCUCAAGGACAUCGAGACGGCCUGCAAGCUUCUCAACAUCGCUGCAGACCCGGUGGACUGGAGCCCCGGCAACGUACAGAAGUGGCUGCUGUGGACCGAACACCAGUACCGACUGCCCCCCAUGGGCACAGCCUUCCAGGAGCUGGGGGGCAAGGAGCUGUGUGCCAUGUCAGAGGAGCAGUUCCGCCAGCGGUCACCCCUGGGCGGGGACGUGCUGCAUGCGCACCUGGACAUCUGGAAAUCAGCGGCCUGGAUGAAGGAGAGGACCUCACCCAGGGCUAUCCAUUGCUGCGCCUCUGCCGGGGAGGACAGCUGGGCCGACAGCGAGGUGGACUCGUCCUGCUCGGGGCAGCCCAUCCACCUGUGGCAGUUCCUGCGUGAGCUGCUGCUCAAGCCCCACAGCUACGGCCGCCUCAUCCGCUGGCUCAACAAGGAGAAGGGCAUCUUCAAAAUCGAGGACUCUGCCCAGGUGGCCCGGCUGUGGGGCAUCCGUAAGAACCGGCCCGCCAUGAACUAUGACAAGCUGAGCCGCUCCAUCCGCCAGUAUUACAAGAAGGGGAUCAUCCGGAAGCCCGACAUCUCCCAGCGCCUGGUCUACCAGUUCGUGCACCCCAUCUGAGGCCCCGGCCACCCUGGCCACCCUGGCCACCCUGUCCUGCUGCCAUUGCCCUGGCCAGAUCUGGCUCGGCCCUGGGGGAAAAGGGCAGCCUGGGGCUGGGCCCCAAGCACAAGGUCGGGGGGUACAGUGAGCUCCCUGCAACCCAGGCCCUUUCUGCUUACAUGGACAGUGCCCUGGCGGACACAGGGGAACGAGCCCCUUCACCUCCACUCAGAGCAGCAGGGACUUGGCCGAGGCUGCACAGGGUGGGAGUGGGGUGUCCUCUGCUAUAAGCCCUGGCGCCCACUCUGCCCGGCUCUGGCGUGGGGCCAGGGGCGUCUGCACCCUGAGGCAGGAGCCGGGAGUGCCCCUGGGAGGGGGGAACAAAUGUGAGAGAACUGGCAGGUCCUCGGGGUCCGUGCAAGGAAUGGGACAGCCUGGAGCCGUCAGGGGCAAGUGGUCACAGAGGGUCAUGCAUGGUGAUGCACACACCUGUGAUCCCAGCACUGGGAGGCUGAGGCAGGAGGGUGGCAAGGUGGAGCCCACUCUAGGCAAUUUACGAAUUUAGCAAGACCCUGUCUCACAGUAAAAUAAAAAUAAA